GUUACUUGAUUGAUCAAUGUUCAUUCAGAUUCAUGGCUUGGCGCUUCUUCUUCUUCUCAAACAUCAAAUCCUCUAAAACCCUAACAAUUGGGAACCCUAAUGGCGCCCCCUUUUCCACCUCCUUCCUCAUCACCAAAACCCCCAAAAAAUACAAGAAAAAACGCAAACCCAAAAACAGCCCGCGAACCAACCCCAUCCAAACCCAACCCAAUUGCAUUCCCGAACUCGAACGCAUAGUUGAGCGCGACGCUCUCUUCCGAUUCGUUACGCGCUCAAAACAAUUCCUCUCCGCCCAACCGGAGCACGUCCUCCGCCUCGACGACGCCGGCAAGCUCCACCGCGAGCUCGGCUUCCCCCGCGGCCGCAAGCUCUCGCGCUUCCUCCAACAACACCCCCUCCUCUUCCAAACCUACCGCCACAGCGACUCCAAAAUGUGGCUCGGCUUCACCGACCUUAUGGAACACCUCGUCGCAGAGGAACAAUCCCUCAUGGAUUCCAUGGAACUCAAUCGCGUCGACAAGGUUCGAAAACUCCUCAUGAUGUCCGCGCGUAACCGCAUUUCCCUCAGCAAGAUCCACCAUUGCAGGACCCUGUUCGGCAUCCCCGAUAAUUUCAGAGAUAGGGUUUUGAAGUAUCCCGAAUUUUUUAGGAUUGUGGAUGAGAACGAUGGGAAGAGGGUUCUUGAGUUGGUUAAUUGGGACCCUCAUUUGGCAGUGAGUGCGCUUGAGAGGGAGUUUAUGGUUGAUGAAAACGCUGCUAAGAGGAAGUUUAGGUUUCCUGUGAAAUAUGGGAAGGAUUUGGAUAUAGGGUUGGAUGAUUCGAGGAAGCUUAAUUUGUUGAACACGCUUCCUUUGGUGUCUCCUUAUUCGGAUGGGUCUAAAUUGGACGUGUGGAGUUUGGAGGCGGAGAAGUACAGGGUUGGGGUGAUUCAUGAGUUCUUGAGCUUGACGUUGGAGAAGAGAGCCUCUAUUCAUCACCUUGUGGAGUUUAAGGAAGAGUUUAGUUUGACUAAGCAUACUUAUCAUAUGCUGCUGAAGCAGCCUAGAGCGUUUUAUUUGGCUGGGACUGAGAUGAACUGGGCUGUGUUUUUGAGGGAUGGGUAUGAUGGUAAUGGGUUUUUGGUUGAGAAGGACCCUCAGGUGCUCUUUAAUGAGAAGCUUUAUAAGUAUGCUCAGAUGAAUGAAAUGCAACCUGGUUCUGAUGUUGAAAUGGAAGAACAACAUUUAACUUAACUUUCUGAAUAAUUUUAAUGUGUUCUAAGAAAAGAAAGACCAAAUGGAGCUCUUCAAUUUAAGGUUACUCUUAAGAGAGGAGUUGGAUGGCUGUGUGAUUACGCGAUCAAGAAUGUGUACCUUAUGAUCAUUUAAUCUGUGCUUGUGAUCACCCCUGAGGUGAAAAACCCCACACCAUCACUACUCUUGAAUUGGUACCCCACUAUUGUGGGUCUAUUGUAUCGGCUUGAUAGAUCUCUUUGAUUCCGAGGAAAGAGCAAAGAGGAUGGCGAGAAAUUUGAGCUUAAUGUCCUAGUAGCGACUGAGCAGGGUGUACUAGAUCAUUGAAUUGGUGGCAAGGAUUUUAGGAUUGUCAACUUUACCUUUCUAUCUUUAAUAUUCGAUGAAAUGCUUUCACAUAUCAAGGUUUUGUUGUAUGCUUUUUUACAAUUAUUGUCAUUACCAAAUGGUUCUCAAGUUAAUAAAAUAAAUAUAAUUUUUUUUAUAUAUUUU